AUGGCCGGUGUUUACCUGGAGGCCUGUGGCUUCCGGCUCCCUCAGGCAAGCACCGGAGUCUUGGCCAAGUGUUCGGUCAGGUUGGGCAAGUACAGGAUCCGCGUGGCCACCGGGGCCUCCAUCCUGGCGGUCCCCAACAAUCCAGGGCAACUGUGGCUGGUGGAGCACCGGGAAGCUGACGUUGGCAAGCAGCUGCAGCCAGUAAGCCUCAAGGAAACCAAGUUUGAGAUCAAAGUCUCCCAAUACCUCGGGCGCCUCCUGCUGGUGAAGCUGCGCAAGCACAAAGUCCUGCUGGACCUGGACUGGUUCCGCGAGUGGAUCGCAAUGGAGGGGCCCGACACCCACGCGAGGUCCUCUUCCUCUGCUACGGCUGAGGACGACGGGAUAGUCUGCUUGCCGGACGGCACUGCCCGGACCUUGAGUGACGACCCCCAGAACCUGUUUAAGAAACAUCGGGAGGAGGAGCUUGAGGAAAGAAGGAAGACCCUGCGGUGGGGCUCCUGGAAAGACGUGAUUCUUCCUGUCCAGGGGAGUACCCAGCGGGACCCACCCAGGAAUGAGCGAUUCCGCGAGGAUAAAGAAUUAGACUUCUUCCUCUCUCUGGCAAAAGGGCUUAAGGACUUGGCCUUCAAGGGAACAGUGGAUGUCACAAAAUGUGUAAACCACCUGGAAGACUUCAAAAGAAUAUUCCCUCAAGGAAAGACUGCCGUGGCUGAGCGGGUCAGUGAUUGCUGGAAGGAUGAUGCCCUCUUUGGGUACCCGUUUCGCAAUGGCGCAAACCCCAUGCUCCUGAGGCGUUCUAGGAGUCUCCCAGCCUGCCUGGUGCUGUCUCCAGGGAUGGAAGACUUGAAGACAGAGCUGGAGAGAGAACUCCAGGCUGGAUCUCUGCUUGAAGCUGAUUUUUCCUUGCUGGAAGGGGUCAAACCUAAUGUCAUCCUUUUUAAGCAACAAUAUAUGACAACCCCACUGGUCAUGCUCAAGUUGCAGCCUGAUGGAAAACUGUUACCUAUGGUCAUCCAGCUCCAAUCACCUUGUCACGGAUGCCCCCCACCUAUGUUGUUCCUGCCUUCAGAUUCCCCCAUGGCUUGGCUCCUGGCCAAGACCUGAGUCAGUAGCUCUGAUUUCCAGCUGCACCAGUUACAGUCACACCUGCUGAGGGGUCACCUGGUGGCUGAGGCUAUUUCUGUGGCCACAAUGAGGAGACUGCCCAGCCUGCAUCCUAUCUACAAGCUCCUGAUCCCUCACUUUCAGUAUACCAUGGAGAUCAACAUGUUGGCCCAGAGUAAUCUUAUCUCUGAAUGGGGAAUUUUUGAUCUGGUGGUGAGCACUGGUAAUGGCGGCCACGUGGAUAUUCUCCAGAGAGCUACAGUUUGUCUGAGCUAUUGUUCCCUCUGCCUGCCUGAUGAUCUGGCUGACCGUGCUCUUGGAGUGAAAUCUUCUUUCUAUAGGCAAGAUGCCAUCAAGCUGUGGGAAAUCAUCAACUGGUACAUGGAGAGGAUGGUCAGUCUUUUCUACAAGAGUGAUGAAGCUGUAAAGAAUGGCCCAGAGCUGCAGGCCUGGUGCCGAGAGGUCACUGAGAUCAGACUGCAGGGAAGCCAGGAUUGUGGGUCCCCUGUCUCCUUGGAGCCUCGGGCCCAGCUCUGCCACUUUGUCUCCAUGUGCAUCUUCAUGUGCACUGCUCAGCACGCUUCUGCCCAUCUGGGCCAGGUAACCCACUCUGGACCGACACACCUGGACCAACACACCUGGAUCCCUAACGGCCCAUGUACCAUGCGGAAGCCCCCUCCCAUCUCCAAGGACAUGACAAAGAAGGACAUAGUGACUCUGCCUAAUCUCCACCAGGCCUGCAUACAGAAGACCUUCACAAAAUUCCUUGGCCGACACCAGCCUGUCAUGGUAGCCUUGGGGCAGUACAAGGAGGAAUAUUUCUUUGAUCCUGAGCCCCAAGUUGUGCUGAAGCAAUUCCAGGAGGAGCUGGCCACCAUGGACAAGGAGAUUGAGGUCCGGAACACAAGCCUAGACCUGCUCUAUGAGUACCUUCGACCCAGCAUGGUGGAGAACAGAGUGGCCACCUAG